AUGUUAACUGUUUGCCUGGUGGCUUGGAAAAGGAGGAUGCUUCUUGACCACGACAACGCUUUAGCGCACUCCGUGAUACGAACAAUUGAAUAUUUUAUUAUGGCAGGCGUUGAUGUUUCCAAAAUUAUUACAAUAAUAAGUGACGUUAAGGACGAGAAUAGCUUAACUAAUGUUACAAAAAGAGCAAAGAUUGUCAUAAAUUGCACUGGACCCAAUACAUUAUUGAGCGAGUAUAUAGUGAAAGCGUGCAUACAGAGUGGAACUCAUUAUGUUGAUAUAUCAGCUGAGCUAUAUCAUAUGUUAAAUGUAUAUAGAGCGUACCAUAAAACAGCGGAAGCUGCCGACGUUCUAAUAGUACCGAGUUGUGGUUUUGCAUCCAUACCAACAUCGACAGGACUCAAUCUUUUGGAUAAAUAUUUUGAGGGUUCCCUGCACACCGUAGAAUGUUACGUUCAACUGCAUAUACCGAGGGAAUGUUACUUUGGUGGUCGAAACAAAGCUUUAGUCCAUUAUGGUACAUGGGAGGCGUUUGUACAUGAGAUGUACAACAUGCAAAAGUAUAAGGACUUAAAGAAGCAAACAUACCCUGAGAUACAGAAGGAGCCAGAGCCGAGGGAAUUACAAAAAUCGUUCUUUCACAAACGCGAAGGGUCAUGGUGGUUCCCUUAUCCUGGACCCGAUGCGGAAGUCAAUUCAAUUGGCGCAGAUGUAUUUUCGGGAGAAAAAUGGAAAGAAACCCAUCUUCUU